GAAUAAAAGAAAUAAGACAGGGAAAAAAACGCAAAAUAAUAAACCGAACGAGAAAGGCAAAACAAAUCUACCACGGAACCAUCAGUCUCUCAACAACUACACUCCUCACUUCUUCGCAGAAGAAAGCAACAAUGGCGAACACCGCCACCAUCUCCUUCUCUCUCACACCACCGAAACUAAAAACCACCACAACCCUCUCUUCUUUCCCCACAAAUUCCAAUUCCAAUCUCAAACCCAAACUCAACCCAUUCUCUUUCUCCAUAACCCACUCCACCAGACCAAACACCCCGCCCAUUCUCAAAUCCUUCCCUGACGACUCCUCCGCCUCCAUCACCACCACCACAACCUCCCCUUCCUACCGCAACCUCAAAGCCCGUCUCCGCUCCGGCGAAACCCUCUACGGCCUCUUCCUCCUCACCUUCUCCCCAACUCUCGCCGAAAUCGCCGGCCUCUCCGGCUACGACUUCGUCGUCAUCGACAUGGAACACGGCCACGGCACCAUCUCCGAUGCCCUCCCGUGUCUCCACGCGCUAGCAGCUUCGCAAACCGCCGCAAUCCUCCGCGUCCCGGAAACAACCGCAACAUGGGCCAAAAAAGCCUUAGAUUUAGGCCCACAAGGAAUCAUGUUCCCGAUGGUCGAAUCCGCCAAAUCCGCAGCUAAAGCCGUAUCCUUUUGCCGUUUUCCACCCGCCGGAGUUCGUGGGUCAGCCCAUCCAAUCGUUCGAGCUUCGAGCUACGGUAUCGACGAAGGUUACUUGAAUAACUACCUCGACGAGGUUCUGAUAAUGUGUCAAGUUGAAUCAGAAGAAGGAGUGAAGAAUAUUGACAAGAUAGUAGCCGUUGAUGGGGUUGAUUGUAUUCAAAUGGGACCGUUGGAUCUGAGUGCGAGUAUGGGGUAUUUGUGGGAUCCAGGGAAUAAGAAAGUGAGGGAGACGUUGAGGGAAGCAGAGAAGAAGGUGUUGAAGAGGAAGAGUGAAAAGGAUGAUGUUUUUUUGUCUGGUUUUGCGUUGCCGUUUGAUGGGCCUAAGGAUCUAAGGUCACGUGGGUAUCACAUGGUGUCUGGUGCUUCUGAUGUCGGUUUGUUUAGAAGUGCAGCUGUGGAGGAUGUUGUGAUGUUCAAGGAGGGUUUGGUUGAGGAUGGUGAGGAUAGUGAUAGGGAUGAAUUGGAUAAAGAUGGUGAUGAGAAGUACUGGAGUGAGUGAAUGAGAGAUUCUAGUUUCUUUGUAUUGGUUUUUUUUUUUUUUUAUGUAAAAGUAAAUGGUGUAGUAUUGUUAGUUAUGAUAAUGAUAUGCUUUUGUUCUUCAAUGAAAAUAAGCUCCUUUUGAAAUGUUA